UCUUAAGAAAUGGUCGGCUCACAGACAGUGAUGCUCAGACAGACAGUGGAGCAGUUGGACGGAGGUUUCGUCGCAGUGUGCAGCGUUCAUUCCUGACGUGCCCGUCCACAUCUAAACCCACCGGAGGACUGGACGGACGGGCACUACAUAACUUACGACCCCGACACUUUUAUCCCGCUAUGGAUCCGCCAGCAGUGCUGCAGUAAUUGGCGAGCUAGUGAUGCCAGCAUCCAGAGAGCAUCUGUGUUGUCGUUUUCCGCGCGCGUGCUGAAAGUUGGAUUGCGGAUCGCUUUUUGUAUACACCGAGCUUGAAACGGGAUCCGAGCUGUUUUUUCUGACACCGCGGAUGUGUCUGUGUUGUGUGUGGAUGUGAAGACAUCGAGUGAUGCGUUUGCGCUGUCUAUAACACCUUACAGCGAUGUAUGUGCGUGAGUGACAGUAGUUAUAAGGCGAAAGCGAUCUCGUCGCACUCGUUUAUGCACAUUUCGCUGAUUCUGCUGAAAAAAACGUACAUGAAUUGACGGCACUCGCGCUUACCGACUUGUUUUUAGAGAAGAUACUGAGGACUUAAACUGAGGAGAGCUGAAAUAUCGUUGUGUUUUGAGGGAAAAACACACGGGUUGAGCGCUUCGCGGUUGUUUAAUUGGCUUCAUGCGUUGAUAUUGAACUUGUGUUUUUAUUUAAGUCAUUUAAUAUGACCGAAUGAAAUAGAACACAUCUGACAUCAUCAAACGUCAUCUUUAGAGUGAGCUCGGGUACAUAGGCGGCAUUUCACUCACUUUACACUGCAGGAACUUUGAGUGAACGCUGGACAACCAUUGAGAAGAUGCUGAAAGGAUUGUUUUGACUGCAUUUGAGUGUUUCAGCAGACCAUUCAAACGUCCAUUCUCAUAAAUAUCUACAUCUAUUUAAUUAUACACUUCAAGAACCAUGGAUAUUAAAGCCGAAUCUGAUGAUAAUCUGGAGUGUCCGCGGCCUGCGCCCAUUGAAGUUUUCGCCAGCAGGUCCACGCUUCACGGCAUCUCUCAUGUGUUCAGUUAUGAACGCCAGUGUGUCAAACGGUGCCUCUGGGUCCUGUUUUUCAUGGGUUCCUUCACAUUCCUGGUGGUAGUGUGCGUGGACCGCAUCAAGUUUUACUUUCAGUAUCCCCAUGUCACCAAACUGGACGAGGUCACAGCACCUUUGAUGGCAUUUCCGGCUAUUACCUUUUGCAACCUGAACUCUUUCCGCUUUGGUCGCGUGACGCGAAACGACCUGUACCACGCGGGAGAACUGCUGGCACUGUUAAACGGCAGGUAUGAGAUCCGGGACACACACAUGGUGGAAGAGAGCGUCCUGACAACCCUGAAGGAUAAAGCGGAUUUCUCCAGCUUCAAGCCUCGGCCCUUCAACAUGCGCGAGUUUUACGACCGGACAGGCCACGACAUUAAGGAGAUGCUGCUGUCCUGUUACUUCAGAGGAUCCGAAUGCAGCGCUGAAGACUUCACAGUGAUCUUCACGCGCUAUGGGAAAUGCUACACCUUCAACUCUGGACAGGACGGCCGGCCACUUCUGAUAACCACGAAGGGAGGAAUGGGAAAUGGUCUAGAGAUAAUGUUGGACAUCCAGCAGGAUGAAUACCUGCCUGUGUGGGGAGAAACAGACGAGACCACGUUCGAGGCAGGAAUCAAAGUACAGAUCCACACGCAGGAUGAACCACCUUUCAUCGAUCAGCUGGGAUUCGGAGUGGCUCCAGGCUUCCAGACGUUCGUCUCCUGCCAAGAACAGCGGCUGACGUAUCUUCCUCCUCCAUGGGGCGACUGUAAGGCUACGCCGAUAGACUCUGAUUUCUUCAACACAUACAGUAUCACCGCCUGCCGCAUCGACUGCGAGACGCGAUAUCUGGUGGAAAACUGCAACUGCCGCAUGGUGCACAUGCCCGGAGAUGCUCCAUAUUGCACUCCGGAGCAGUAUAAGGAAUGUGCGGAUCCAGCUCUAGAUUUCCUGGUGGAGAGAGAUAAUGACUACUGCGUCUGCGAGACACCCUGCAACAUGACGCGAUAUGGCAAAGAGUUGUCCUUCGUCAGGAUCCCCAGCAAAGCCUCCGCCAAAUACCUGGCCAAGAAGUACAACAAGACUGAGCAGUACAUCUCAGACAACAUCAUGGUGCUGGACAUCUUCUUUGAGGCGCUGAACUACGAGACCAUCGAGCAGAAGAAAGCCUACGAGUUAGCCGGCCUUCUCGGUGACAUUGGCGGGCAGAUGGGGCUGUUUAUCGGAGCCAGUAUCUUAACCAUCCUGGAGCUCUUUGACUAUCUGUAUGAGGUGAUCAAGUUCAAACUCUGUCGCUGCGCCAAGAAGAAACACCAACGAAGCAACAACAACGAGCGAGGAGCCGUUCUCAGUCUGGACGACGUGAAGCGCCACGCUCCGUGUGACAACCUUCGCACUCCGUCGACCUACCCAGCCAACAUGCUACCUCACCAUCCGGGCCAGGGCAACUUCGAGGACUUCACCUGCUGAGCGUAACGCAAGUGCGAACAUCCAGAGAACAACCAAAGCCGACCCCAUUCCCAACCGGACAUUACCGAACAACCUCUGGAUCUGCGAUUAAACCCAGACGUCAAAGGAACGCUACCAAUCAAACCAAGUACAUGUUCACAUUCACCCAAUGGAAGUGUGCAAAAACUUUCAACGUUUUCUGAACUUUUAAAGGAAAUACUGCCUCAAAAAUGAAACUCCUUGAAGCUUCGUAAAUGUGGGAACGAGGAUUCCCCCAUGCCAAAUUAUAAAUAAUGGGACUGGGACAUCGAAUAGCUUCUUGCAGCUGGACACCGAUGCCUUUUUCUGUACAUAGCGACGGCUCGAAACUGUCUUAAAGACCAGUGGCUUACGUAGGUCAGUAGAUAAAUAUAGCGCUUACUCACUGUAUGUAGCCUCAUUAGCCCCAUCUGCUGGAUCAACAGUGUAUUUGGUGAGAAUGUAACUCCCGCCGUGCGGGGGUUUCGGGAUUCUGGAGGGUUCAGGUCCCAUACGACAUUGUGUUAACAAGUCUCAUCUUGUAAAUGCAUGCUGGUCGUCCUGUGCAUGUUUUUUUAGUUUUAUUUAGACUUCAUUAUUAUUAUUACCGCCAAGUUUGCCUCAAUUAUAUACAGGUGUUGGAAGAUGGUGUAUUCUUUUUUUGUUUGUUUGUUUAUACGUGUGAUUGUGUGUGUAAGAGAAAGAUUUGAUGUCCUUGCUGAGAUAAAAACUCUACAACGAUACGAGAGUUCAGAAAGAAAUAAACGACGUAUAAAUUCACAUCUAAAAAAAAAUGCCAAAAAUGAUUGUUAUUAUAAUUAUUAUUUUAAGUUUAGAAUUAUGCUGUGUUAACAUCAGUCGCGGUAUGUGCGGAUAAAUUGUGGUAUUUGUGCAAAAAUAGAUGCGUGAACAUUUUGAGUUUACUCGCUUCAUUCGCACGUCAAAUCCGCUUCAUUCGCAUGUCAAAUUCACUUCACAACCGACACAGAUUCACGUCAUGGGCACGGCUUCUGUCUGCCCGGUGACUCUAGCUUCGUUGCUAAAUGGCUAACAUGAAAUUUAUCAAGAGAAUAGCUGUGUUUAUGUGCUUUAGGAUGACGGAAAAACUGCGUUGAUUUGUUUGGAGCCGUGCCUGAGUCCACUAGAUCCAUUCUAAGGGUGCACUCGUCCAGAAAUUAUGCCGACUGAGCCGAGCCCAGUUUGAUCCCCCCCGCCCCACCAACAACAGGCCAUAUGUCAUAGUCACGCCACUACAAGAGCAAGCUCCUGAUUGGUUACCGCGACACGAAUGUCCGCCGACGUUUAGAUUUUCCAACUCAAGAGCAAAACAUUCAACUCACGGUGCUUCAUUUGUGCGAAUGCCGUCAUUAGUGUCACCUUAUUCAUGCAAAACGCACUGCAGGAUGUCUAUUCGAGUCUUUGCAUUGACUUAAAUCACUCGGGUUUGACACUUCUGUGUCUGGUGUGAACGCAGCAUUAGACUGUUGUAUAAUUAGUAAAUUUAACAAACAAGAUGUGAAUGAGAGGUUUACAAAUAUACAUACAGUGGCCUUAAAAUAUUUUAUUUUGGACACUUAAAUUACUAUGAAAAAUGUGUGAAAUAUUCAAUUAUGUGAUUUCUCUUUACUAAGAAUGUUUUUUUUUUUUUUUUGGUCUGAAACCAUCGACACAAAUACACAAGUAUUUUUUUAUACAGUUGUUCCCCUUCUUUGUUUAAAAAUAAAUCUCUGUCCACAUGAAAACGCUAAAACAUGCUAUGAUGCAAUGCACAUGCCAAACCAACAGGUGGCGAUAUAACUUUAAGCAUAAAGCCAUAUUGGCCAAUCAGAGGCCUUAAAAAGUAGCGGCCCAUAAUCUGAUGUCAAACAAAGGACAAAAUGACGCACACGGAACCAAUGUUUGUGAAAAUAUUAACUCGUUUACAUGUGGACAAGCGGCUAAACCGCAUUGAAAAGGCUGUUUUAAAAAUACCUGUUUGUGUGGACAGAAAAUCAGAAAUAGUCCCUGUUUAAGUGAUUUUUCUGUGUCAUAUUUGUUUAAUUUUCAUUUUGUUUUAUAGAAAUUCAUUUUGAAACAUUUGUAAGUGCAUAUCCUGUCCAAAUACUUUUAAGGCUACUGUAUGAAUACAUGAUUGUUUAUGUGUGCUUGAAGGUGUGAAUGUGUGUGACGAAUCUUUCAUCAUUUGCUGGUCAGUUUCCAGAAGUGUUUCUAAAAAUCAGGAAUGUAACAAACCAAAUAGUUUGUAUCUCUAGGUGAACCAGACCGCCCGUACGAAACGACAGUCACAAACGCUAAGUAUUAUAGUUGUGUGUGUGUAUGUGUGCAUGUAUGUACGUGUGUCGGUUCACGUGAGACUGUUAAUCUCGUCUUUAUUUGGAUUCAGUUAAUGGGAAUUGAUCUGUGCAUUGAACAAUUAUUGUUUAUUUGAACUCUGUACUUGCUGAGACGUAUUUGUUAAUGUCGCAAACUUCAUAUCAAAGCACAAACAAGACCACCGUAUGUAAAGGUGAUGUUUAAGAAUGAUAAAAUAUUCUUAUCAGUGUUAUCAUGAUAAUCAGCAGAUCCAUUAGUACUAUGUUAAACAUUUUGUUUUGUUUUUUUACUACAAACAUACAUAUUGCCUGAUAGUGCAGUCGGCAGAUAAUAGGCUGUUCUAUUUAUCUAUGAAGGUAUAAUAAAUAUCAUUCAGAAUUUUA